AUGAAGUUUAUGUUGACUGCUUUAAAGAUCUUCUAUGUGCUUGAUCCAAAUCUUCAAUCAAUUCGUGAUCCAACCGACGAUGACACCGAUGAAGUCAAGGCUGAACAAAAGAGAAAUGAAGAUGAAGUUAUGUGUAGAGGACACAUUAUCAAUGGUCUUUCGGACUGGCUUUAUGAUCUUUAUACGAUGGAACCAUCUGCAAAAGUAAUUUGGGAUGCUUUGGAAUUCAAGUAUCAUACCGAUGAGGAAGUCAUAAUGCCAAGCCCCGGCAUGGGGCACCUGAUCGCGCACACCGAGCUCGUGCGACGCCUCGCAGUCGAGCAUGGCUUCUCCGUCACCUUCAUCGUCACCGCCGACUGCUGCUCCUCAUCAUUCUACCGGGCCAUCGUCGACUCCCUCCCGCCCGGCGUCGUCUCCGUUCCCUGCACCGUGUCGUCGCCGGCUUGCAACGAAACGCCCGCCUCGUUGCCUUCGUCGCCGACCUCUUCGGACCUUCCGGACAUGGUGAAAGACCGGACGACCGAAGGUUACAGGUCGCUGCUGCAACAACUGAAACGGUACGAGAAGGCCGAGGGGAUUCUGGUGAACAGCUUCCAGGAGAUGGAGCCGGAGGCGGCGAUGGUGCUGAAGGAGAAAAAGCCCGGCCGACCGCCCGUCCACCUAGUUGGGCCACUAGUGCAAACUGGGCGGCCGAGCUCGAGCCCGGAAGAGUCGCUGUGUUUGAAGUGGUUGGACGAACAACCAGAUGCCUCCGUGCUGUACAUUUGCUUGGGUAGCCUCGGAGUGCUGAGCCGUGAUCAGGUGAAGGAGAUGGCUCUGGGGUUGGAGACGAGAGGCCAUAGGUUCCUUUGGGUGGUCAGAAGACCGGCAGACAACGGCAUCGUCGGAGGCAGCGAAGACGACCCUGCGAGCUACUUGCCUCAUGGGUUUCUCGAGAGGACGACGGAGUCGGGGCUGGUGGUGUCAUUCUGGACGCCGCAGAUCCAGAUCCUGAGCCACCGGGCAGUGGGAGGCUUCGUUACGCACUGCGGGUGGAGCUCGACGUUGGAGAGCGUCGUGCAUGGCGUGCCCAUGAUCGCGUGGCCGCUGUACGCGGAGCAGAGGAUGAACGAGCUGAUGCUGGCGGAGGGGCGGAAGGUGGCGUCGAGGGCCAAGGAAGACAAUGACGGUGUCGUCCGCAGGGAGCAGAUCUCUGCGGCGGUGAGGGAGUUGAUGGAGCGGGAGGGAGGCCGGGUGGUGCUGGCAAGGGUGCGACAACUCCAGGAGGCCGCCGCCGCAAAGGCCAUGGUCAAGGAAGCAGCUUCCCGCAAUGCCCUCCACGAGGUGGUCGCCAAAUGGAAGAACACGUUCUGA